AUGUAUAUAAAUUAUGUUUUAGUAUUUUCCUGCACAUUUGCACUGAUCUUGGCCAUUGGAUUUUGUGCCAAUGCAUUGGUUUUCUUACUCUUUGCUACACACCGUUCAAUGCAGAAAAGCCAGUUGGACGUUCUUCUCCUGAGCAUGGCUGUUGCAGAUCUACUUACCCUUAUACUGAUGCCCUUCAUUCUUGCUUCUGUUGUCUGGUACACUUGGUUUUUGGGAGACACAUUCUGCAAGGUUUUCCAGUUUGGUCUGGCUUUCUCCUUAGCUGCUAGCAUAUAUUCUUUGUGUGCUGUCUCUGUCACUAGAGCUAGAAUCAUCUUGAGUCCUUACAGAGCUCCCAAGUGGACUACCACAAUAUUUAUGCUGACUACGGUUUGGGCAUUGAGCGUUAUCAUCAGUCUGCCAUUGCGAAUCCAUGCCACAGCGGAAACAAGAGUUGGAACAAAUGUCACAUUUUGCCUGCCAGCUCCCCACCAGCAGCACUACUGGAUUGUUUUUAGCCAGUUUAUUUUAUAUUAUUUGAUCCCAAUCUUGAUAAUUGCAUUUAACUAUAUCCGGCUUGCUCUCUUCUUGCACAAAAGUCCCAUGAUGUCUUUGGUGAGUUCCAGAAACACCCGAAAAGCCUCAAUAAUGAUCUUUUGUGCAGCUGCUACCUUCUCAGCAUGCUGGCUUCCACUGUAUAUCCUGGAGUUAUGCAUCUACUUAAGACUCUUCCAUCAUGGCUAUGUUUGGGACACUUUCUAUUUCGUCUGUAAUAUACUUCAGUAUCUUCACCCAUGCGUCAAUCCUGUGCUGUAUGUCUUAUUGUCCAAGCGAUACAAGACUAGUAAAACCAAAAGAAUGCUGUGUUUCCAAAGAAAUAAAGUACAGCCUCAGGUCCACAACUUAACAGAACCCUCGUGAACCACUUGUGCGUCCCAAUCAGUAGGAAAAAGUUCAGUACUUUUGGUGAGUUGCUGAAUGUUUAUUUAAU